AUGUUAAGAUUCUCAACUGUACGACCACUGAUUUUAAGAGAUAAGCAAUGCAUUUACUUUUUCACAAGAGGACUAAGUCAAUUAGACAAAAAGCAAGCUAUUGAAGCUGUCAUAAAAAGUCGUGAACAAUUGAAGGAAAGAGUGACGACAAUAAGCACAACAGCACUUACUAGAUAUUAUGAAUUUAUUGGAUUUGAUGAGAUUGAGAGGGCUUACCAGAAGGUGACAAUACUUCAAGAAGAGCUAGCUAAAAUUCAAGGGGAGAGAACAAAAAUACAAAUGCAAAUUCAUCAUACUGCAAAGUCCUUAACAAGCAUACAGGAACAAAUGCAAGACUGCAAAAGAGGAGAUGCAAAGUACAUUGAUCUGAUGAAAAAAGAGUUCGAAAUAAUUCAAGAACGCAAUCGUCUUGAAGAGAGAUUCGAGAUACUUGACAAUCAGGAACGAGACUAUUUUGCACAUCUUCAAGCGAAAAUCAAUAUGUUGCAUGAAAAGAGUAAAACCAAUACAAGGAAAUGGGGUGUCAUAAGUACAAUCAUGGGUGCUUUACUUGGAAUAAUUGGUACUUCAAUAUCGGCGUAUUAUCGAAACAAUGACAUUAAGAGAGUUCAAGAGGAUUUUCAUAAAGAAUUUCAUCUUCAAAUCGAAAGAAUAACUAAAGAUACAGAACAGAUCUUAGAAGGAUAUGACAGCUUGAUGAAAUAUUUGAAUGAGAAUGAACUAGUUGUGCAGCAGAAGAAAGUACCAGAAAUUAAGAAUCAAGAGUCAUGGAUGGGAUAUUUUGGAAGGAAAACUGUAUCUGUUUGGCGAUGGUGUACUUUUCAAAAAAGCUAA